CUGCGCUGUUUGCAGUUUACCCUCAGUCUCCAUAGCAAUACAGACAAGCUCGGCCCCUUAUUUAAAUUGAACCGGAAAUAAACGUCAUUUCGGGCCAAUCUCCUCGCUCUGAAAUGACAUAAUGGAAUUUUUAGGGAUAGAAACCGUGCAGAGGGUUGGGCGCGCGCAUAGGAGUUUUGCCACCGGGAAAAAAGGCUUCAGCCGCUAGAGCAGGACGAAAAAAAGGUUAUCGUUUAAACCUUUAUAGCUAGCUAAACCGAACAAUCGAAUUGGCAGCUUUCAAUACUAACAGCUGUUUAGAGGUUAGUUAUAGAGAAAAUAUAUCGUUUUACUUAAACGAUUUUGUCACUGAUCGUCUACAUGCGUAACGCGCCCCAAACCCUCAUGUGAGGGUGUAGAAUGGAAACAGCCUUCUGUCCCAGUCUGCUGAGUAUCCGAGGGCUCUCUAGCGUGUUGUCCCAGAGCAGCAUGAUGAAGAAGGAGCUGAGCCUGGCACUGACUGAGCAAAGCUCCAGCCUCAAGCCCAGCCUGCGGGACGCGGACGGCCUCCUCGCCUCUCCGGACCUGGGGCUCCUGAAGCUGGCCUCGCCAGACCUGGAGCGGCUCAUCAUCCAGUCCAACGGGAUGGUGACCACCACCCCGACCUCGCAGUUCCUGUACCCGCGGUCCGCAAGUGACGAGCAGGAGUUCGCGGAGGGCUUUGUGAAGGCGCUGGAGGAUCUUCAUAAGCAGAAUCAGCUGAGCGAGGGGACGUGCGUGCAACCGGACAGACUGGACCUGGUCGGUACCAACGCAGCCCCAGUCUGUUUACCGUCAGACCUUCCCGUUUAUACGACUCUAAAUAGAUAUGGAGCGAGCCCACUGGGCACUACGGUUAACUAUUCCACUGACACUACACCCUUCCCUCCGCCGCCGUCUCAUCUGCUGAGCGCGCAGCAACAGGCGGCUGCGGCAGCGCUGUCACGACUCCAGGCUCUGAAGGACGAGCCGCAGACGGUGCCGGACAUGACGAGCUUCGGCGACAGCCCGCCGCUCUCCCCCAUCGACAUGGACAACCAGGAGCGCAUCAAGGCGGAGCGGAAGAAGCUGCGCAACAGAAUAGCGGCGUCCAAAUGUCGCAAGCGGAAGCUGGAGCGGAUCUCCCGCCUGGAGGAUAAAGUGAAGAACCUUAAGACGCAGAACACGGAACUGUCCUCCACGGCCACCGCGCUGCGGGAGCAGGUCGCCCAACUUAAGCAGAAGGUCAUGAAUCACGUCAGUAACGGUUGUCAGCUUCUCCCAAACCAGGUACAAGCUUAUUAAAGACGCCCACAGGUACAUACGGACGGGCAUAACGGCCCGCCUCCGGCAGUAAGGACACAGAUUAACUGAAACGUUACCCUGGCGUUUACUCUCAGCAAAGAGAUGCAAACUGGGAGUCUAAUGGAACUGGAACAUGGCGGUAUUUUACCCAGGCUAUGUUAAGGCGGCCAAGCUGUUAAAAUAUGUUUUUUUUUAGCAAACUGACUGCUGCUGUUCAAGUGGGAGCUACUGCAGCCCGGACCACAGCGCUGCCUACAUCCGGGACAAUCUCAUGCAGCGGGCUAGCAGCGUCUCUACCGUGUAAUAUAAUGCCUUACUUGUUUACAAGCACUUAUCAAUGACAAAUAAUGUAUAUUUUUAUUUACCAAAACAUACGUGUCUUAUUUUGUAUUGUCUUUUUUUUUUUUGGGGGGGGGGGGGGGGGGGGGGGGGGGGGGGAGAUCUCUGUGCAUGUCCUGUCGUUGUUGAGUAGAGGAGCCUAAUCCUAGUUGUAUUUACAAUAGCCUAUAUACAUGUGCAGUUCGUUUGCAGUCGGUCUCUUGAUGUGUUGAAAACUCUGUGUAGCAAUUUAACGGGAUUUUACCUCUCAAUAGUGACAAUUAAAUUCACUGAAUUAUUUAA